ACCGCGUUGUAUCGUCGCCUUUUAAACUUUCUUUUAACACGAUCAUUGUAGAUAGCUUUUGAAUUGGGUAUAAGAUGUAAACAUAAAAUAGCGACUCUCAGACGAAACUUCCAAACCAGACGACGUAUUUUUACCUAUUCAGUUUGUGUAGUUAUUGAAACUUGACCGAUUCAGUUUUUAAAAUGUUGAACAUACUCAAGUUUUCGAAUGUUCUCCUAAAAUUUAGAUGUGACAUUCAAGUUGCUCAUUAUGCCAUACCUGGUAUGGCCGGUGGAAAAGGUAAAAAAAUAACUAAACCAAAGAGUGCUUCAAAUGAAAAGAUUAAAUUACCAGUUGAAGAAGAUGUAAACAAAUUGUUAACACAUUGCUGUGGCACGAAUCUUUUGAAAGAAGGAGGUGAAGAUGUUAAAUUGAAACCUGACAGCGAAUACCCUGAUUGGUUAUGGUCUAUUCGAACGGGUCCUGCACCACCAUUAGAAGAACUUGAUCCCAAUACUAAAGAAUAUUGGAAACGUUUGAGAAGAGAAGGAAUCAAAAGGCAAAAUAAACUCAAGUCAUUAAGAAAGUUUUAGAUAAAUUUGUUCUUAUUGUUACUAAAAUUAUUUUUAAAAUAACUUUGUACUCUGUUAAAUAAUCUUAAAGAUGUGUUAAAAUAUAGCUUUAACAAUGACUUUUUACAUUAAAUCGCCCAAUGUCAAUUAAAUAAAUUUUAAACAAAACUUUGCUAAAUAGUAAAUGUUCAAACACACUAAAUUUUCUAUAAUUCAACAAUUUUAUAACUUAGUUGAAUUAUAAACAAGGAAAACAACAAGCCAGUGAGUA